CAGAAGGAAAAUGGACAAUCAACUGGCAAGGCUGGUUUCUGGGAGGAGUUUGAAUCUCUGCAGCAACAGGAAUGCAAGCAUCUCUUUUCUAGGAAAGAGGGACAGAAGACAGAAAAUCGGAACAAGAAUCGCUACAAAAAUAUCCUACCAUUUGAUCACACUCGAGUAAAAUUAAAAGAUAUAGAUAAGAAUGUUGCUGGUUCUGAAUACAUCAACGCCAAUUACAUUAAGCCUGAAGAAGAGUUAAUGGGAGAUGGACCUUCAAAGUAUUAUAUUGCCACCCAAGGAUGCCUUCCCAGCACAACUGCUGAUUUCUGGAGUAUGGUGUGGCAAGAAAAUACUCGAGUCAUUGUCAUGACUACAAAGGAAAUUGAGCGGGGAAAGAAUAAAUGUGUUCGUUACUGGCCUGAAGAAGGGCAGAGCAAGGAGUAUGGGGCUGUGAAAGUGCAUAGUUUGGCUGAGUCAUCCAAUGCCGACUACACACUACGAGAGUUCCUUGUGGUAAAGGAGGGGGAGGACGAAGAGAGGAAAGUCUUCCACUAUCAUUUCCAGGCAUGGCCAGACCAUGGGGUCCCAUCUGAUCCUGGAUGUGUCCUUAACUUCCUUCAUGAUGUGAACGUGCGUCAAGAUUCGAUUCCUCAUGCAGGGCCCAUCCUUGUGCAUUGCAGUGCAGGGAUUGGUCGAACUGGUACAUUCAUUGUCAUUGAUAUGAUCUUGGACCAAAUAAAGAGACAAGGAUUGGACUGUGAAAUAGAUAUUCAGCGCACUAUUCAGAUGGUGAGGUCUCAGCGUUCAGGAAUGGUGCAGACAGAGGCUCAGUACAAGUUUGUGUACUUGGCCGUGCAGCAUUACAUUGAGACUGUGUCACAGCGUAUGCAGGCUGAGCAGAAAAGUCUUCAAAUCGGUCGGGAGUAUACAAACAUUCGCUAUUCUAGUGAAGUAGGAGGAGCUGGUUCAGUUCCAGAUCCUGGGCGAGGCAUGACAUUGUCCCUGUCACGCUCCACCACUUCACUUCCCACCACACCCAACACGGCUGUUUGCCGUGACAACAAACGCCCAUCACGUGCAGCCUCUGAUGCUCACCUGCCCAGGCCACCAGAUGAUAUUCCAAAGCAGAUCUAUGAGAACAUUCCUCUGAAGGAGCGCAAACUCUCCACCAACAGCUGCAGUACUGCCCUUCCUCCGAACUUUGCUCCACCACCUCCCCCACCUCCGCGGAAGACAUGACAGUGCAUUGCAGAGGUCACAGACUGUCAAUAGUGUCUCUGCAAAGUGCAAGGCGUGUGAUGUCAAAGGUUUAUGUGUUAAUGAACAGUUAUGUGAUGAUAAUGUGGCUAAAGCAGAUUUGAGCAACUCCUGCCUUGUGUUUUGUAUCCAAACCAGUUGACUUGCUCAUCUAGUUUGGCUGUGGCAACUGGUUGCAGCAAGGUGCAUGUAUGCAUUGCCAGCAGAAAACUGUUUUUUCUUCCAUGUGUGUUCUAUCACAAUAUAUUCAUAAGUAUAACAGUAGUGCACUUUAAUUUAUUCUAUUAAAUGUGCGGGAGGUCCUGUUCCUGUCAUUUUCCCUCAACUUGCGUUUUUGCAUUCUUGUAAGUGUGUGUGCAUGCCAUGUCAGUAGAUCUUUUUCUCCCUUACUGUUUGAAAAUAGUUUCAUUAUUCUGUUAUUGGAAUAUAUAAUCCACAGUAAGUGCUUCAUGGUAUGUAGAACAGUACAAAAAGAGGCAAAUGCUAAUCAACUCACAAUUGCAAUGAAUUCAAUGAUAUAUUUUAUAAAUGUGACUAUUUUUAAAUAGGUAAUAGAGUUAUAUGACAUACUGUUUCAAGAUUUUUGAACACAUAUGCUCUUGUAUAAUGGUAACAUUGCAAUCUGCCAUCUGGGGGUUGUUAAAGUCAGUGUAUGUAUAGUUUAAUUGAGAGCGGAUGAAUGUUAAUUUCUGUUAAAGAGUUUUUGUCUCUAUCGCACAAUGAAUAUUCAAUUAUGAAUGCUUGCUUUACAAAACGAUAAGUGAUACCAAAAGUACCGACAGAACUGAAUAUGAUGACUGAAUGUUAAUGUCCAGAUGAUUGAGUCCAUACACCUACAAUGUGUUCUGCUGUCAUUUGUCGCAUAACUUUAACUUCAUGUUGACGUUUGUCAUCUGGCAUACAGCUUGCCAUUCUUCAAACCUUAGUUGCCUUAUUAUCUUAAUUGCCUAAUUGAAGUAAUUUUCCUGUAUUAACAGAACAAAACAAAAUGACUUAAGUAUUUGGGCUCACAUCUAAUUCCUAAAGCUAUUCAAUCACGGGUAGCUUUAAAAUGAACGCUUCAUUGUUACAAAGGCCUCAACCUAUGAGAGAUCUAGCAGAAACAUUGUUUCAAGAAUCAGCGUUUGGAAGGACAAAUCAAAAUAUGUGUGUUUGCGUUUAUUACAAGUGUUAAAUGGUAACACCAUGCAACAGAAGCACAAGGAAGGAUGGGGUUGUGCUUGACUGUUUGCAUUUUCUCACCACAAAGACACUUCUGACAGUUGCAGUAGCUAUAUGAUAAGAUGCGAACAAGGAUUAUGCAUUUUAUUAAAUUAUUCACCUAACAAUGUUUACGGUGAAAGAUUGAUGCUAGGCAUACAAAUGGAUCAAAUAUUGAAUUGUAGCCUUCCAAGCAUUUAUAUUAUUUCAGAUGUCUCAAAGCAGUGGUCUCAGAACUAUUAAUUUUAUGUCAUAGUUUGAAUUUUGAACAUUGCAAAUAUAUGUUAUGAGAAUUCAACACAUUCAGUAAUUAAUAAUAGAGAACUAUGAGAUUUAAUUCAGUUUUCCUUUUUAGUCAUUUUAUAAUUACAUUGUAUUGAAUGUAUGUAUGUUCAUCUUAACCAAAAUCUUAAGCCUGAAAAAACCAAGAAACUAACAAAUAUGACAAACACUACAUAAAGAUGUGUCUUCUGAAAGUUUUAUUGAAGUUGAGACUACAGUUAUGGGUACAUUCUGCAUUUUGCGAACAGCAAUACUUACAUAUUUUAAUGAUUAUUUUGUAGCAAUUACUUGCUGGGUAUUGAAUAAAAUGUAAACAAAAUUUUUUCAAGGACUUCAAUUCAUGUUGAUGUUGCUGUUAUAAAGAUCAAUUAUUUCUGCUGAUUGACUUCUCUGCUUCUUCCUCAGUCUUGUUGAUGCUACCUGUUAUGAAUCACUAUUUGCGAUAUGUUCAAGAUGUUGGCAAUAUGUGCCUAUUGCUGUGGAAGGGCACUGGGAGCAGUAGAAAUAAUAGGUCUUUACUUUAGAAAUCAAUUUUUGCUUCUUGUGAACUGUCAGGAGAUGCCUAACUAAGGUGCUCUAGGAGGUUAGAAAGCAAAUGAAUUUUGUGGCUUGUGAAAUAGACUAUAAUAUAUACAAAUAUUAGAUGAAAUCUCCUGUGCUCUUUUGUUUUAUUUCUGAACCUAAUUUCUUUCCCUUUUGUAGUUAGUCAUUGGUAGGUGCUCUUAAGAAGUAUUCAUAGAAAAUUCUUUCUACUUCCUCUUUACAUUAGAGUGUUGUAUCUUCCCUUCAAAAAUUAAAUGAAAAUAAUAGUGUCUAAAAGUAAUUUUAAAUAUUUUCAUCUAAGUUAGAUAAUAUUUUUCUGUUGUUGACUUCCUUUGUUCUUAUUAUUGAUAUAUGUGUUAAAUUCUGACAUCUAAGCAAAUACUUUUAUGUGAAAUGAAAAUUCAACUAAAUUGUGAUGGUUUUCAUCUAGUAAGAUUUUCAAUUUUGCUUCUGGUGCUCUGUUGUGUGGGUAAUUUGCUCACCAACUAGCCUGUAAGGUGGAGUAUGUUACAGUUUUCAAUGAACUAAAGGUCUGAAUCUGACCAAUGGAGAGGGCAUUAUGAACCUUCUUUGCCUAAAAGGUCAGCUCUCGUUUGGACGAAUGAGCUGUGAUAUGUUGAGCUUGGAACCAAAUGUAUUUAUAAAUUGUGUUAUUAAAGCAAGUUUCAGUUGUGUUACCAGUUGACAAAAGUAUGUAAUUGAUAUUUAUUAGUAGAAUUUCCCCUAAAAAUUUGCACCAAACCUAUCCUUAAUUAAAUUGUAUAACUCAUAAGUAGAAUUCUCUAAAAUUAUAAGGUUUUAGAAGGAGUGGAACUGUUUUUAAAUAGUUUCAAUUAGACUGACUUACAUGGCUAAUGCUAAUAGAUUCAUACCUCUGCUCACAGGUUCUGCUGUGAACACUUAGAUGUUCAUUCAUCAUAUUUUGGAUUGGGAAUUGAGAUGACACUUCAGGUGGUGUGGCUGUCAGGGUGCAAUUUGGCAAUGUUUUCCACAGGGGAUGUCCAGAAGUCGAGGAGGAGAGGGGGAUAAAUCAGUGAGUAAAGCAAAGAAUAUAUUAGUGUAAGCUGCACAGACUGAAUAAAUCCUAUUAAUGAUAUGGGGAAAGAUUUCUUUUAUCAAUUUCCUUGUUUAAAAUAAAGUGUGACUCCUAGAUAAUUAUUUCCUGGCAGAGAAAAAUAAUACUUUGCCAGCAGGAGAUUGUAAUUAAUUGAUGUAAUAAAUUAAUUAAUUCAAUGAAUCAUCAAUGCUUAUAAGAUUGAUUAUUUAUAACUUAUGUGACAAUAAAUAUCUGAGAAAC